AUGGCAUCAGCAUCAACAUCAGCAUCAACAUCAGCAUCAGCAUCAGCGUCAGUAUCGGCAUCCUCGUCAGCGUCAGCGUCGACCGCUAUAUCCAACACCACUGCCCCAUCCCUCCAGCUCAGCGCCAACUUCGCAGGCGCCCAUUCCAAAUCCCCCAACGCGGUGGGCUACGACCAUGAAACCUACUUCCAGUUGACGACGGCCGGGGGAAGGUCGACAGAGAAGACGCCGAAUCAAGUAUAUCGGGAGGAACGAGUCCGACGGCGCACAACGAGGGCGUUGGAUCGGGCCAUCUCAGAUCCCCAGGGUGAUCCGAGUCCGAUUGAUUUCGAAUGUGCCGAGUUCCAAGCAAAGAGGGAUUGGUAG